AAAUCCGCAAAUUAAAUUAUUAUUGAACAAUUUUUUCAGAAUGGUAGGGCGAGGUAAGAAAAAGACUGCUAGAAGGAGGAGAGAGGAAGAAAAAUAUGCAGAAAAAAUUGUUGAGGUCAAAGAGGAUAUAAAGGCUAUGGCUAAACGAGUGAAGGAGAAUCGAAGAAAGGUGAUGACCUAUUUUGGACUUCUCAACGGAUCUGUAAUUAUUGGCGGAGCCAUCGAAUAUGCCGUAAAAACUAAGUGGACAAGGCCUGUGUUUGGUUGUGUAUGUAUUGGCACUGUACUGCUCGGAGUGUCUAGUGUAUAUUACUGGAACAAGGAGAAGAUUGUUAAAAAGGCAUUAAACAGAAUAUUCUAAUAAUCAAUAGUUUUAUUCAAUUAAAUUGUUGUUACUAUUUAAA